GAAUUUUUCGAUCAUUCCUUCACCGCCACCGAAAUUCAUCUCACCGUCUUCACGUCGUGAUUUUCCUUGCCGGUUCUAAUUUUUCACGCACCGCUACAAGCUUUUUUCAAAAUCCUGAUCCGGCCACUGUUGUUUUCGGUCUAGAUCAAGCGCGUCGGUGAUCGUUCGAUUCGCGGCGAAUCGAGCGCGUGGAUGGUCGGUUGGUCUGUACGUGCUCAGCAGGUUGCGUCGGGGGGGAUUUGUGUGUUUCUGAGGUUUUACUUCUAUCCUUUUCUCCUGACCUGACGGGUUAUUUGGACGCUUUUGAUGGGCGAUCUUCAGGAUUGGUCGCCUGAACUUAAUGGCGUCGUGUCGGAGGAGAGACUGUCGUCGUCUUCGUCGUCUUCGUCGUUUUCGUCGUCUUCAUCGUCUUCGUCCUUGGUUUCUUCGAAUCAAACGGGGAAUGGUGGGGAGAUUUGGCAGAAAGCUGAGGAAGCAACUCAAGAGAUCAUAGCGCUGGUGCAGCCAACUGUUGUGUCCGAGGAAAGAAGGAAAGGGGUUAUAGAUUACGUGGAAAGCCUAGUUAAGGAACAUCUUCACUGUAAGGUUUUUCCGUUUGGAUCAGUCCCAUUGAAGACCUAUCUUCCUGAUGGAGAUAUUGAUUUGACAGCCUUUGGUGGUCCGAAUGUUGAAGAAGCUUUGGCCACUGGGUUAUGUUCUGUCCUUGAAUUUGAGGAGAAGAACAAUGCUGCAGAGUUUGUAGUGAAGGAUGUCCAAUUAAUCUGGGCAGAGGUUAAACUUGUAAAGUGUCUGGUACAGAACAUUGUAGUAGAUAUCUCUUUCAAUCAGUUGGGAGGGCUCUGUACUCUAUGCUUCCUUGAACGGGUUGACCAUCUAAUCGGAAAAGAUCAUCUCUUUAAACGCAGUAUAAUACUUAUUAAAGCUUGGUGCUACUAUGAGAGCCGUAUUCUUGGGGCUCAUCAUGGGUUGAUUUCUACUUACGCCUUGGAGACUUUGGUUCUUUAUAUCUUCAAUGUAUUCCAUUCAUCACUGAAUGGUCCUUUAGCGGUUUUAUAUAAAUUUUUGGAAUACUUUAGCAAAUUUGACUGGGAUAACUAUUCUAUCAGCUUAAAUGGUCCAAUCCAUAUAUCUUCAUCGCCAAAAGUUGUGGUUGAGCCACCUGAAAAUGGUGGAGCUGAUCAUCUGCUUAGCAAUGACUUUCUCAAGGACUGUCUAGAAAUGUUCUCGGUUCCUUCAAGGGGAGUUGAGAAUAAUUUGCGUACAUUUCCUCAAAAGCAUCUUAACAUAGUUGAUCCGUUGAAAGAAAAUAAUAAUCUUGGCCGCAGUGUUAGUAAAGGAAAUUUCUAUCGUAUAAGAAGUGCUUUCAUUUAUGGGGCUCGAAAGCUGCAGCACAUUCUUUCCCAAGCAGAAGAAAACAUUGGGAGUGAACUUCAUAAAUUUUUCCAUAACACUUUAGAGAGGCAUGGAUGUGGACAGAGGCCUGAUGUUCAAGAUUCUGUCCACAGUGGAUUAGCUGCAAUAUUACCAAUUUCUGGCUCACAGUUAUAUCAAGAGGAUCAAAUGGGUUAUGAACCAGAAGCAUCAAAUUCAAGUCGCAUGUCUGGGAAUUGUAGGUCAGAUCAUGAAGACUCAUUACAUAGAGUUGAUAAUGUUGAUCAACCUGGGAGGGAAACCAGCUAUAGCAAAACUCUCAAUGAACCACAAAAUUCUGCAAAUGGAUCUGCUGUUUCAGAAAGCCGUCUCUCUGGAGAUGCAGAAGAUUUGGCUACCUCCAGAAUCCAAAGUCUUGUAAUUUCAAAUGAUGCAUCUAUAUCUUCAUCACCCAAUGCUGAGGGGGGCAUUUCCCUUUUGGGUAAGGUGCCACAUGCUCCUCAUCUAUAUUUUUCUUCCUCAUCUAUGAGCAAUGAAAAUGUGGAAUGGAAACAAUCAGAAAAUUCUGGUUUUACUGAGAAGAAUGUUUCUUCUGGUAUUCUUCCAGCUCUUGGUCAGGAGGCAGGUGUCUCUGGACUCGGUAAUGAUGAGGCUGGAAACAAGUCAAUCGUUAAUCAACAAGCCUUCUCCCCUGGUGGGUCAAGGCAGCAUCCCUCAAGUACACAUGGAAAUCAUGAGGCUUCAAACUCCUUGUCAAAUCUCUCUGGGGAUUAUGAGAGUCACCAUAUUAGUUUGCGAUAUGGUCGGUGGUUCUAUGACUCUAUCUUGAGUGCACCUGUUUCUCCCGUGUCUUCACCAAUGCUUCUGAAGAGCAAGAAUUCUUGGGAUGUUGUAAGACCAUCCAUGCCGUUCAAGCAAAACUUGAUUCCCCCCAUGAAUGCAAAUGGUGUUCCAAGGCCAGUGUUCCUUCCAAUGAACUCACCAUUGCUUUAUGGUGCAGUAUUUGGAAUGGAAGACAUGCCAAAACAUCGAGGAAUUGGAACAUAUUUUCCUAACAUGAACCAUUAUAGGGAGAAGUCCUUGCCAGCAAGAGGAAGGAAUUACGUGCCAGUCAAGUCUCGUAAUAACAAUGGCCGUUCUAUGACAUUUCGUGAGACAAAUUCACCUGAGAGAAGCAGCCCUGAGCUGUCACAAGUGUAUUCUAAUGCUCAUCAAGGUGGUGGCAGAUCAGGGGCUUCAGAUCGCCACCAGUCACUUUCUGCUGAAAAGUUCUAUCCUAAUGCCGAUUGUUCAGUGCAUGAUCCUGACAGUGUUGUAGAAUUGGAGUCACUUGGGCAGGUUCCACCAGCUCCCCCUGUACCAGGUUCUCCUCAUGCACCAAACUCAAGCACAGUUUGCUCAACACCAGGAGCACAAAUGCCAGAUAGGAUAACUAUGCAAUCAUACCAUUUGAAAGAUGAAGAGGAUUUCCCUCCUUUAUCUGUGUGAUAGCAGUGUGGUAGGAUCCUCUAUUUAUAUGGUUGAACCUUGAAAGUUCAGAAGAUAGGCCACAGUUUUUGCUAACAGACCAGCCUGAGCCUCAGCUGUGUAUAUGGCUUUGGAAGCGAUUUUAUAGCUCUAUAUAUGAAGUUCAUUGUUUGAUGCAUGGUUCAAGGCACUUUGUAGAUUCUACUAAUUAUCCCGAUUCCCCACUUUCCAUCAAAUCUCCAUAGUUAUACGUGGCAAUGAGAUGCUGAUGUAUAGGAUGCUUCAAUUAUGUUUUUAAUCUUUAGUUCAGGUUCUGUUUUCUACCAAGUGGGUGCAGAAGAAAACAAGUAUAAACACAGGUUUUGUUGUUGCUGAUAUCUGUUGUAACUUUUACUUAAAAAUAGUGCUUUUUUUGCAACUCCGUCGGAGUUGGUGUAAC